AUGGCUUCUGUCACUCAGCUUUGCGAGUACUGCUCUCUCAUCGACUUUAGCUACCUCCGCAAUCCUACUGCAGCCGAGAUCGACUCUCUCAACGCUGGCGAAAGGCCUACUGAGGACCGAUUCCCUCUCAAGUUUGGCCAACCCAUCGAUGGCGACCCGAGUUGGACCUUGGGUCGUGCGGACCGAAUCCGUGCCUCUGCGGACACCUGUGUCUUUUGCAAAGCUGUCGAAGAGGUCCUUAUUCAGUAUGAAGAUGAGCUGACAAAAUUAGAGGCGGUUGGCUUGAAGGAUCCUUUGUGCUAUGCUACAUGUGACAUUGCCGGGGCCUUACAACCUCCGAAGGCUACUGCUUGGGAAGGAGCUCAGCCCGGAGAGGCGAAUCCGGAGUUCAUCAUGAGACGUCUGGCAAUUUACUUCAUUCCGUUCGACGAGAACAGCACAAAUGGACUAAAUCCUGGACGCGUGGGCUUCAAGAAGGCGUCUUGGAAGCGGAUAUUUCACUGUUUUCAGACGAAACGCACACCUCAUCGUGUGGUUCUGCACAAGUGGAAGAUCGAGACGAAGAUCAAGACGGAGGUGUAG